GACUUUAGAACGGAAAACAGAAUUAACUUUUAGUGUUUUUUUAUUUAUCGGAUCUUCUUUAAUCUGAAUAGAUAUUUGCUAAUAUAAAAGGAGACACUCAUUCUUCAUCAAUAGAAAAUUUUAGAUUUGAACCUAGUUUUUGCUUGUAUAGUAGAAAGAUGGUUCCAGUUCUGAUUUUAUUAUUUUUUUGUGUUAGUGUCAAGUCUGGAUUGGCUAAUGUAGAAUGCCCGAAGGUUGAUGGUCCAGACUCCGUUUACUUUCCCCACGAAGACUGCUCAAAAUUUUAUCAAUGUUCAAACGGCGUUCCUUACGUACAUAACUGCUCGUCAGGUCUACACUUCAAUUCGAAAUUGAACGUUUGUGAUUAUCCAUUCGCAGCAGGCUGUGAAGGAGAAAUUGUUAAUCCGUCUAGCGAUGAUAAUGGAGACCAAAAUUCUUGCUUACUUGAAAGUUUUCUUUGUCCAGCGGUUGAUGGACCCGAUUCAGUCUAUUUCCCACUCAGCGAUUGUUCUAAAUUUUGCCAAUGUUCGAACGGAGUGCCAUAUGAACAUAGUUGUCCAGAUGGUCUUCACUUUAAUCCAAAAUUGAAUGUUUGUGAUUGGCCACAGAAUGCAGGAUGCGGAGGUUCAGAUAUAGUUACAGACCCCACUGUUACACCAACACAAGAUAGUGGAAACAGCACAAAUCCAACCCCAGCUCCUAACGCAUGUCAAAAAGAAGGUGUCGUUUGCCCAGCAGUUGAUGGACCCGAUUCAGUUUAUUUCCCGCUCAGCGAUUGUUCUAAAUUCUGCCAAUGUUCCAACGGAGUGCCAUAUGAACAUAGUUGUCCAGAUGGUCUUCAUUUUAAUCCAAAAUUGAAUGUUUGUGAUUGGCCACAGAAUGCAGGAUGCGGAGGUUCAGAUAUAGUUACAGACCCCACUGUUACACCAACACAAGAUAGUGGAAACAACACAAAUCCAACCCCAGCUCCUAACGCAUGUCAAAAAGAGGGUGUCGUUUGCCCAGCAGUUGAUGGACCCGAUUCAGUUUAUUUCCCACUCAGCGAUUGUUCUAAAUUCUGCCAAUGUUCCAACGGAGUGCCAUAUGAACAUAGUUGUCCAGAUGGUCUUCACUUUAAUCCAAAAUUGAAUGUUUGUGAUUGGCCACAGAAUGCAGGAUGCGGAGGUUCAGAUAUAGUAACAGACCCCACUGUUACACCAACACAAGAUAGUGGAAACAACACAAAUCCAACCCCAGCUCCUAACGCAUGUCAAAAAGAAGGUGUCGUUUGCCCAGCAGUUGAUGGACCCGAUUCAAUUUAUUUCCCGCUCAGCGAUUGUUCUAAAUUCUGCCAAUGUUCCAACGGAGUGCCAUAUGAACAUAGUUGUCCAGAUGGUCUUCAUUUUAAUCCAAAAUUGAAUGUUUGUGAUUGGCCACAGAAUGCAGGAUGCGGAGGUUCAGAUAUAGUUACAGACCCCACUGUUUCACCAACACAAGAUAGUGGAAACAACACAAAUCCAACCCCAGCUCCUAACGCAUGUCAAAAAGAGGGUGUCGGUUCAGAUAUAGUUACAGACCCCACUGUUACACCAACACAAGAUAGUGGAAACAACACAAAUCCAACCCCAGCUCCUAACGCAUGUCAAAAAGAGGGUGUCGUUUGCCCAGCAGUUGAUGGACCCGAUUCAGUUUAUUUCCCACUCAGCGAUUGUUCUAAAUUCUGCCAAUGUUCCAACGGAGUGCCAUAUGAACAUAGUUGUCCAGAUGGUCUUCACUUUAAUCCAAAAUUGAAUGUUUGUGAUUGGCCACAGAAUGCAGGAUGCGGAGGUUCAGAUAUAGUAACAGACCCCACUGUUACACCAACACAAGAUAGUGGAAACAACACAAAUCCAACCCCAGCUCCUAACGCAUGUCAAAAAGAAGGUGUCGUUUGCCCAGCAGUUGAUGGACCCGAUUCAAUUUAUUUCCCGCUCAGCGAUUGUUCUAAAUUCUGCCAAUGUUCCAACGGAGUGCCAUAUGAACAUAGUUGUCCAGAUGGUCUUCAUUUUAAUCCAAAAUUGAAUGUUUGUGAUUGGCCACAGAAUGCAGGAUGCGGAGGUUCAGAUAUAGUUACAGACCCCACUGUUUCACCAACACAAGAUAGUGGAAACAACACAAAUCCAACCCCAGCUCCUAACGCAUGUCAAAAAGAGGGUGUCGUUUGCCCAGCAGUUGAUGGACCCGAUUCAGUUUAUUUCCCACUCAGCGAUUGUUCUAAAUUCUGCCAAUGUUCCAACGGAGUGCCAUAUGAACAUAGUUGUCCAGAUGGUCUUCAUUUUAAUCCAAAAUUGAAUGUUUGUGAUUGGCCACAGAAUGCAGGAUGCGGAGGUUCAGAUAUAGUUACAGACCCCACUGUUACACCAACACAAGAUAGUGGAAACAACACAAAUCCAACCCCAGCUCCUAACGCAUGUCAAAAAGAAGGUGUCGUUUGCCCAGCAGUUGAUGGACCCGAUUCAAUUUAUUUCCCGCUCAGCGAUUGUUCUAAAUUCUGCCAAUGUUCCAACGGAGUGCCAUAUGAACAUAGUUGUCCAGAUGGUCUUCAUUUUAAUCCAAAAUUGAAUGUUUGUGAUUGGCCACAGAAUGCAGGAUGCGGAGGUUCAGAUAUAGUUACAGACCCCACUGUUUCACCAACACAAGAUAGUGGAAACAACACAAAUCCAACCCCAGCUCCUAACGCAUGUCAAAAAGAGGGUGUCGUUUGCCCAGCAGUUGAUGGACCCGAUUCAGUUUAUUUCCCACUCAGCGAUUGUUCUAAAUUCUGCCAAUGUUCCAACGGAGUGCCAUAUGAACAUAGUUGUCCAGAUGGUCUUCAUUUUAAUCCAAAAUUGAAUGUUUGUGAUUGGCCACAGAAUGCAGGAUGCGGAGGUUCAGAUAUAGUUACAGACCCCACUGUUACACCAACACAAGAUAGUGGAAACAACACAAAUCCAACCCCAGCUCCUAACGCAUGUCAAAAAGAGGGUGUCGUUUGCCCAGCAGUUGAUGGACCCGAUUCAGUUUAUUUCCCACUCAGCGAUUGUUCUAAAUUCUGCCAAUGUUCCAACGGAGUGCCAUAUGAACAUAGUUGUCCAGAUGGUCUUCACUUUAAUCCAAAAUUGAAUGUUUGUGAUUGGCCACAGAAUGCAGGAUGCGGAGGUUCAGAUAUAGUAACAGACCCCACUGUUACACCAACACAAGAUAGUGGAAACAACACAAAUCCAACCCCAGCUCCUAACGCAUGUCAAAAAGAAGGUGUCGUUUGCCCAGCAGUUGAUGGACCCGAUUCAAUUUAUUUCCCGCUCAGCGAUUGUUCUAAAUUCUGCCAAUGUUCCAACGGAGUGCCAUAUGAACAUAGUUGUCCAGAUGGUCUUCAUUUUAAUCCAAAAUUGAAUGUUUGUGAUUGGCCACAGAAUGCAGGAUGCGGAGGUUCAGAUAUAGUUACAGACCCCACUGUUACACCAACACAAGAUAGUGGAAACAACACAAAUCCAACCCCAGCUCCUAACGCAUGUCAAAAAGAGGGUGUCGUUUGCCCAGCAGUUGAUGGACCCGAUUCAGUUUAUUUCCCACUCAGCGAUUGUUCUAAAUUCUGCCAAUGUUCCAACGGAGUGCCAUAUGAACAUAGUUGUCCAGAUGGUCUUCAUUUUAAUCCAAAAUUGAAUGUUUGUGAUUGGCCACAGAAUGCAGGAUGCGGAGGUUCAGAUAUAGUUACAGACCCCACUGUUACACCAACACAAGAUAGUGGAAACAACACAAAUCCAACCCCAGCUCCUAACGCAUGUCAAAAAGAGGGUGUCGUUUGCCCAGCAGUUGAUGGACCCGAUUCAGUUUAUUUCCCACUCAGCGAUUGUUCUAAAUUCUGCCAAUGUUCCAACGGAGUGCCAUAUGAACAUAGUUGUCCAGAUGGUCUUCACUUUAAUCCAAAAUUGAAUGUUUGUGAUUGGCCACAGAAUGCAGGAUGCGGAGGUUCAGAUAUAGUAACAGACCCCACUGUUACACCAACACAAGAUAGUGGAAACAACACAAAUCCAACCCCAGCUCCUAACGCAUGUCAAAAAGAAGGUGUCGUUUGCCCAGCAGUUGAUGGACCCGAUUCAGUUUAUUUCCCGCUCAGCGAUUGUUCUAAAUUCUGCCAAUGUUCCAACGGAGUGCCAUAUGAACAUAGUUGUCCAGAUGGUCUUCAUUUUAAUCCAAAAUUGAAUGUUUGUGAUUGGCCACAGAAUGCAGGAUGCGGAGGUUCAGAUAUAGUAACAGACCCCACUGUUACACCAACACAAGAUAGUGGAAACAACACAAAUCCAACCCCAGCUCCUAACGCAUGUCAAAAAGAAGGUGUCGUUUGCCCAGCAGUUGAUGGACCCGAUUCAGUUUAUUUCCCGCUCAGCGAUUGUUCUAAAUUCUGCCAAUGUUCCAACGGAGUGCCAUAUGAACAUAGUUGUCCAGAUGGUCUUCACUUUAAUCCAAAAUUGAAUGUUUGUGAUUGGCCACAGAAUGCAGGAUGCGGAGGUUCAGAUAUAGUUACAGACCCCACUGUUACACCAACACAAGAUAGUGGAAACAACACAAAUCCAACCCCAGCUCCUAACGCAUGUCAAAAAGAAGGUGUCGUUUGCCCAGCAGUUGAUGGACCCGAUUCAAUUUAUUUCCCGCUCAGCGAUUGUUCUAAAUUCUGCCAAUGUUCCAACGGAGUGCCAUAUGAACAUAGUUGUCCAGAUGGUCUUCAUUUUAAUCCAAAAUUGAAUGUUUGUGAUUGGCCACAGAAUGCAGGAUGCGGAGGUUCAGAUAUAGUUACAGACCCCACUGUUUCACCAACACAAGAUAGUGGAAACAACACAAAUCCAACCCCAGCUCCUAACGCAUGUCAAAAAGAAGGUGUCGUUUGCCCAGCAGUUGAUGGACCCGAUUCAGUUUAUUUCCCACUCAGCGAUUGUUCUAAAUUCUGCCAAUGUUCCAACGGAGUGCCAUAUGAACAUAGUUGUCCAGAUGGUCUUCACUUUAAUCCAAAAUUGAAUGUUUGUGAUUGGCCACAGAAUGCAGGAUGCGGAGGUUCAGAUAUAGUUACAGACCCCACUGUUACACCAACACAAGAUAGUGGAAACAACACAAAUCCAACCCCAGCUCCUAACGCAUGUCAAAAAGAAGGUGUCGUUUGCCCAGCAGUUGAUGGACCCGAUUCAGUUUAUUUCCCACUCAGCGAUUGUUCUAAAUUCUGCCAAUGUUCCAACGGAGUGCCAUAUGAACAUAGUUGUCCAGAUGGUCUUCACUUUAAUCCAAAAUUGAAUGUUUGUGAUUGGCCACAGAAUGCAGGAUGCGGAGGUUCAGAUAUAGUUACAGACCCCACUGUUACACCAACAAAUAAUGAUGACUGUGAUCCUGGUCCAGUUGUGCCUAAGCCUAAUUCGUGCCAAAAGGAAGGUGUUGUAUGCCCAGCUAUUGAUGGACCAGAUUCUGUUUAUUUUGCAUUAAGGAAUUGUUCCAAGUUUUGCCAAUGUUCAAACGGUGUGCCCUAUGAGCAUACAUGUCCGGGAUCUCUUCACUUCAAUCCAACUUUAAAUGUUUGUGACUGGCCGGAUCAUGCAGGAUGCAAGACAGCUACAUAAAGGAAGAGAAAAUUGUUGUUAUUAUAGUAUUAGUUAUAGAAAUGUUACAUUAUUUUUAAUAAAAAAUUUACUCUUC